CGGCGCUACGCAUGCGCCCCGCGCGCCGGCGCCAUAUUGGGUCGGUUUGAACGCGAGCGCGGGCGGCGGACCAAGUAGCGGUCCUGAGGGCGGUGUCGCGCUCGGCGAUGCUCUGAGGGCCUGGGAGCGUCCCGGGACGCUGCCACCCCGGAGCCGCACGGCGACACCCGGCGCACGCACACGGACGGGCGGACGCCGUGCUGCGCUGCUGCCCAGGGCCCGACGCUCCGCUCUGCAGAAGGAACCAGCCCGGGCUUCCGUCCCUGAUUUAGAACCCCCAGAGCGGCGGUUUCCAAGAGUUGUUCUCCACUUCCGGAGCGGCCGCCCGUCUCCCUCGCACGCUUUUAAAGGCCGACAGUCUGGGCUUUGAAUCGAGGAAGUUGACACUUCCCAACCCUAAUUUUACCGCUCAACACGAUGGAUUUAGUUUUGGGGAUUCAAACCGAAGCACUUGCAAAGGGAAUGUAUGUAAAGGAAAUGAACAACUCAUUUUGAGAAAGCCAUGGCAAAAUCAAAUACAAAGCGCAGAGUUUGUUCUCGGGAAUCAUCAGUAUCUUCUCUCCUGGCAAGCGGCAGCCCAAGUGGUAGUUUCUUCAACUCUGACAGCUCUUUUUGCUACAAGGACAGACUGUACCGCUCUGCUUCUGAGGCUCUGCAGGCCUAUAUUGACGAUUUUGACCUAAGCAGGGAACACGCUGGCCCAGACACUGGCAACGCAAACCCUGAUGGCGAGUCCAGUUAUAUGCGGCGAUUUCCCAGUGGUGUGUGGAAACCAAACAGUGCUUUUGAAGAUCUUGAUCACAGACAGCAUUUUAAUUCCUUACACUAUAGAAGAGAGACUGUUAAUGACAUGGACUCCAUUAGUCUGACAACGGAUGAUUUGUUAAGACUUCCAGCGGAUGGAUCCUUAUCCUUCACUCAUGUUAUACCUAGUCACCUUCCAAGCAGGAAAAACAAGAACUACAGUGGAAGAUGGGAUUCAUUGGACAUUAAAAAGAAUCCAAAUUUUCAUGUAGACUCUACUUUCAAGAGCAAGGAUAAUGUAGUUACUCCUACUAUAUAUGCAAAUGUAAAUGGAAAGAAAUGUGGUAGUUUCAGAACCCCAAAACCUAUGAAUAGAAAUAAUAAAUGUGUUUUGGAAUCAUCUUUAUCUUUUUCUAAAAAGUCAUCUUUCAAGGACAGUUCAGAACAAAAUCCUGAAAGGAAUUAUCCAAGAUGGCUCACUAGCCAGAAAUCUGACCUUAAUGUUUCAGGGGUCACUAGUCUACCUGAUUUUAAGUAUCCAAUUUGGCUCCAUAAUCAAGACUUACUGCCAGAUGCAAAUAGUCAAAGGGCUUAUAACUUAUUUAAUGGAGAUGAAUAUUCUCCUAGACAUAGUUACCAGACACAAAGAACUACCAAGCUUACAAACAAAGUAGAUUGUUUUGAAUAUUCUUUUGAACCUUCAAACUGUACAGAUACCUUCAGUGAGUAUGAAGGAUUAGCUAAUGAAUAUAAAUGUCAUAGUGAGAAUCCACUUCUCCCAGGACAAUCCCCAAAGCCAUUCUGUGGUGACAAAAUUGAAUUGCUUAUCCUGAAGGCUAAGAAGAACCUCAGGCAGUCUACUAAUGACGUCCCAAAGCCCAUGGAAAAGGAUGAUAGUCCCUGCUCCUUAGAUCAACUUGAAGCCGAGCGAUCAUGGGAAAAUGUCCCUGUUACUUUCAAAUCUCCUGUCCCAGUUAAAGCUGAUGACAGUCCUCAACAAAGUUCUAGAAUACAAUGUAUUAAUAAACUUCCUGACAACUUUUUAAAUGAUGAUAAUCAGAGCUCUACUCUAUCUGGAGGCAAACAUCAUGGUCCCGUUGAAGCCUUGAAACAAAUGUUGUUUAACCUUCAAGCAGUACAAGAAAGUUUUAGUCAGAAUAAAAAUCCGAAGCCAGAAGAAGAUAUUAAACAACAGCCCAGCAAUACUUGCACUUUUUGGCUUUCCUUCUCUAGCUCCUCUGCUAAUGUUUCUUGGACCUCUCCUAUGCCGAAUCCCCUACUUUCUGUUCUAACAACUCCUGGCCGGCAGGAAAUUUGCUGUAUCAGAGGAUGAUUUACAAUUAAAGGAAAAUAUGAUUCCAAUUACUGCAUCUCUUCAAAAGGCCUUAGACCAUUUAUCACGCCUGAGGGAGCUGGUCGAUGAUACCAGUGGGAAACAGUCACCAAAAAUGUGAAGAGGAGAACAAAACUUUGACCACAAUAAACAGUCACAUAUAAUGCAUUAUGUACUUUUGCUAUUGCUUACAUUGACAAAGUAAAUAUAGGCUAUAUGUUAGUUAUGACAAGAUCAAGUAUAUGACUCUAAACUUGGAAAUAUUUAUAGGCCUGAUUUUAUAUGAAAACAAAGCUGGAAGACACUUAAGAUAUGUCCUGAAAUAGUUCUUGGGUCUUCAGACCAGAAAAUGCUUAAUAUUCAAAAGAGGAUAAUUUCCUUUCUUAACAUUUAUCUGGACCUCGCUUUUACUGACAUUCUGAUUAUUUGUCAUUUAAUUCUUUGAUGUUAAACUUUUUAGCUUUCUACCUAAAUCUCCUAAAUUUUAUAUUUAUAUGUGUAUGUACUGAAUUUUUUAAGCAGCUUAAAAUAUAAUACCCAAAUUGUUGUAUUAUAUGGAAUUUUGCUACUUCUAAAGAUUUAUAAAUUGAAUAUUUAAGAUUUCAUAUAUGUAAAUGACACUUAAAUAGUUGGUGACUCAGUGUUAAUGGAAUUUUCUUUUAUUGUUACAUCAUAGAACCUUAUUUAAUUAAUGCUUUGAUUCUUUGUAAGAUAAUCUUGAUAAUACUUGACAUUUGACAAGUCAUUUUCGAGAGUAUAUUUGAGAAUUUAAUAUUUGAUAUGUGGUUGUUUCCUAGAUUUUAGUUGUGGAUUAAUCUCAAUCUAUUAAAAGCUAUGCCUUUAUGACAAACAUGAAACUAAACAAAAAAUAAAUGCGGGAAAUCCAAAAACAAUUGUAAUUUAAAGCUGUUUUUUGUAGGCUUUCAAAUUUAUCUCUAUAUAGAACUGAACUGUUCUAUGUUUUGCAGUUUCUACUCCACAAAUCUGUUUAUAGUAAGUAGAAAACAUCUUCAUCAAGGCUCAAAGUUAUGUAAUAAAGCAUAACUAAUGUAUUUAAAAGUCUAAUGAAAUUAAAGAGUGUGUGCAUGUAUAGCCAAAUACUAAAAAUUAAUGUUUUACCCAAAGGGCUGUGUCUUUGAUGAAUAAAUGUAUUUGUUACGUUGAAUUUCUAAACAUAUGUCCAAAUAGUUUUUUUCUCAAGCUGUUAAGGCACUAUUAACACCAAAAUACAAUGAAGUAGACUCUCUCUUCUUGAGUUUUCUAGUCUGUGAGGUUUCCCACCGUAUUUUUCUGGCUAGAAUAAGAAGCUGUUAGCAGUGAAUUUGUUAAUGCUAAUAUCUCUUUGCUGCUGAUAAUCCGUUUUGUGAUAUUUUCUACUGCUAGCAAAUGGCUUAUAUAGCCAAAUAUAGCAUUACUUUGUAGAUUAAGUUAUGCCUGGCUUUAAAAGGGAAGAGCAUAUUUUGGAUAUAUGCCUAGAAAUGGUAUAGCUGGAUAUUGAGGAAGCCCUAUUCCUAAUUGUUUGAGAAAGUGCCAGAUUGAUUUCCAAAGUGGUUGUACAGGUUUGCAAACCCAUCAGCAAUGGAGGAGUAGGGUUCCUCUUUCUUCACAUCCUCCCCAGCAUGUAUUGUCACUUGAGUUUUUGAUCUUAGCCAUUUUGAUGGGUGAAAGGUGAAAUCUCAGGGUCAUUUUGAUUUGUAUCUCCCUGAUGACUAAGGACACUGAGCAUUUAAGUGUUUCUCUGCCAUUCUAUAUUCCUCUACUGAGAAUUCUCUGUUUAGCUCUGUACCCCAUUUUUUAAUUUGAUUACUUGAUUUGUUGCUGUUUAACUUCUUGAGUUCUUUAUAUGUACUGCUUAUAUGUUUGUCACACAUAAACGAUUUCUGGAAAGCCUCAGGAAAGGCAUGGUUCUCUAAUGAUUGACUAACAUUCUUUGGUUAAUGCUCCCCUUUUCAUGAACCUGUCUCCAUUGCUAAAUAUACCCACCUCUUUCCCAAAUUAUGUUACAAUUUACACUUAACAGUUUUAUGUUACCAAAGAAGCAUCCAUUCCCUUUUUCCUUUUAUAUAUGGAGAAAUUUAG